AUGGGUGUAAUUUGUACAUUUUAUUCAUCAGUGGAUGGUAUGAAAGCAGUCAUUUGGACAGAUGUUUUACAAGCAGUAGUUAUUCUUGUCGGUAUUCUGGCUGCUAUUAUACAGGGUUUUAUAGCACUUGGUGAUGUUAAGCGAACAUUUUCAAUAGCAUACAGUGGUGGUCGAAUUGAAUUCGAUAGUGUAAGUUUUGAUCCUCGUGUUCGUCAUACAGUCUGGUCAUUAGUUAUUGGUGGCGGAAUUAAUUCUUUAGCUACUUAA